UGCGCCAAGCAGCGGAAGUUUAAAGCUGCUGUGUAAUCGUCUGCUUUAGCUUUAAGAGAGGCUAACGUUUAUUUUGACUUUAAACAUGCCGGAUUAUUUGGGAGAUGACCAAAGAAAACUGAAAGAAGAUGAAAGGGACGACUCACCUAUCAGAGCUUUAGAUGAAGGAGACAUCGCCCUCCUCAAAACCUAUGGUCAAAGUACUUACUCCAGGCAAAUCAAACAAGUGGAAGAUGACAUACAGCAGCUGCUCAAAAAGAUCAACGAGCUGACAGGUAUUAAGGAGUCGGACACGGGUCUGGCUCCUCCUGCUCUCUGGGAUCUGGCUGCGGACAAACAGACACUACAGAGUGAACAACCUCUGCAGGUGGCAAGAUGCACAAAGAUAAUCAAUGCAGACUCUGAAGAUCCCAAAUACAUCAUCAACGUCAAACAGUUUGCCAAGUUUGUGGUGGACCUGAGUGACCAGGUGGCACCAACUGACAUCGAGGAGGGAAUGAGAGUGGGUGUUGAUAGAAACAAGUAUCAAAUCCACAUCCCUCUGCCUCCUAAAAUUGACCCCACUGUCACCAUGAUGCAGGUGGAAGAGAAGCCUGACGUGACCUACAGUGACGUUGGCGGCUGUAAGGAGCAGAUUGAAAAGCUCCGCGAGGUGGUUGAGACCCCACUGCUCCACCCGGAGAGGUUUGUCAAUCUGGGUAUCGAGCCUCCAAAAGGCGUGCUGCUGUUCGGGCCCCCCGGCACCGGAAAGACCCUGUGUGCACGAGCUGUGGCCAACCGGACAGACGCCUGCUUCAUCAGAGUCAUCGGCUCAGAGUUGGUGCAGAAGUACGUGGGAGAGGGAGCCAGGAUGGUGCGCGAGCUGUUUGAGAUGGCAAGGACUAAGAAGGCUUGUCUUAUUUUCUUUGAUGAAAUUGAUGCUAUUGGAGGCGCUCGUUUUGACGAUGGCGCUGGCGGGGACAAUGAAGUCCAAAGAACGAUGUUGGAGCUCAUCAAUCAACUGGACGGCUUCGACCCUCGUGGCAACAUUAAAGUUCUGAUGGCCACCAACAGGCCGGACACACUAGACCCGGCCCUGAUGAGACCUGGGCGUCUGGACAGGAAGAUUGAGUUCAGCUUGCCUGACCUGGAGGGCCGCACACACAUCUUUAAGAUCCAUGCCCGCUCCAUGAGUGUGGAGCGAGACAUCCGCUUUGAGUUGUUGGCUCGUCUCUGCCCUAACAGCACCGGCGCCGAGAUCCGCAGCGUGUGCACAGAGGCGGGCAUGUUUGCCAUCCGAGCUCGCAGAAAAAUAGCAACAGAGAAAGACUUUUUGGAAGCUGUUAACAAGGUCAUCAAGUCCUACGCCAAGUUCAGCGCGACCCCGAGAUACAUGACCUACAACUAAAUAUGUUUGUGUGUCAACACCUUGGCCCUUUAUUGUCAAAAAAAAAAACACAAUUGUUCUUCCACCCGAAAUAAAGUUUAUUCUAGAUGUGU